GAUGAGCAUAAAAAGAGCUCCAGUGUUUCUUUGGUCAUUUCUUGGGUUCAGUCUGGUUCAGUUGUGUGGCUUGGUAGGAGCUGACAGAAGCGACUGUGUUUGUUGCCUGACUUGGCCUAUAACUGUGGCUGGAGCCAUGGGGUUUCUUUUGGGAUGGUUGCUGUUGUCCUUGCUAGCUAUUGGAAGACAAACAAAUGCUGAUGGUAUUGGAUCUGCUGGGAAGUAUGGAGAUAAUGAAGUGCCAGUUGGAGGCUUUCGACCAGAUUCAAGUGGCUUCAACACUGGAGAUGGAUCUUCAUGGAGCAAUGGACCACUUGCUAGUGGUGGUUCAACCUCAAAUGGAAAUAAGCCACAGGUAGCAGACUCUGGAUAUCAACCCCAGCAGCCUGGAGAUCCACCCCAGCAGCUGCAGCCACGGGUGCCCCAGCGGCCUAGCUAUCCGCCCCAGCGGCCUAGCUAUCCCCCCCAGCAGCCGCAGCCACAGGUGCCCCAGCAGCCUAGCUACCCUCCCCAGCAGCCACAGGUGCCCCAGCAGCCUAGCUAUCCACCCCAGCAGCCACAGGUGCCCCAGCAGCCUAGCUAUCCACCCCUGCAGCCACAGGUGCCCCAGCAGCCUAGCUAUCCACCCAAGCAGCUGCAGCCACAGGUGCCCCAGAAGCCUAGCUAUCCACCCAAGCAGCUGCCCCAGCAGCUUAGCUAUCCACCCCAGCAGCUGCCCCAGCAGCCUAGCUAUCCACCCAAGCAGCCGCAGCCACAGGUGCCCCAGCAGCCUAGCUAUCCACCCCAGCAGCCACAGGUGCCCCAGCAGCCUAGCUAUCCACCCCAGCAGCCACAGGUGCCCCAGCAGCCUAGCUAUCCACCCCAGCAGCCACAGGUGCCCCAGCAGCCUGGCUAUCCACCCCAGCAGCAGCAGCCACAGGUGCCCCAGCAGCCUAGCUAUCCACCCAAGCAGCUGCAGCCACAGGUGCCCCAGAAGCCUAGCUAUCCACCGCAGCAGCUGCCCCAGCAGCCUAGCUAUCCACCCAAGCAGCCAGAGCCGCAGGUGCCCCAGCAGCCUAGCUAUCCACCCCAGCAGCCACAGGUGCCCCAGCAGCCUGGCUAUCCACCCAAGCAGCUGCAGCCACAGGUGCCCCAGAAGCCUAGCUAUCCACCCAAGCAGCUGCCCCAGCAGCCUAGCUAUCCACCCAAGCAGCCAGAGCCGCAGGUGCCGCAGCAGCUUAGCUAUCCACCCAAGCAGUUGCCCCAGCAGCCUAGCUAUCCACCCCAGCAGCCUAGCUAUCCACCCAAGCAGCCAGAGCCGCAGGUGCCCCAGCAGCCUAGCUAUCCACCCCAGCAGCUACAGGUGCCCCAGCAGCCUGGCUAUCCACCCAAGCAGCUGCAGCUACAGGUGCCCCAGCAGCCUAGCUAUCCACCCCAGCAGCCUAGCUAUCCGCCCCAGCAGCCGCAGGUGCCCCAGCAGCCUAGCUAUCCACCCCAGCAGCCUAGCUAUCCACCCAAGCAGCCAGAGCUGCAGCUGCCCCAGCAGCCUAGCUAUCCACCCCAGCAGCUGCCCCAGCAGCCUAGCUAUCCACCCCAGCAGCUACAGGUGCCCCAGCAGCCUGGCUAUCCACCCAAGCAGCUGCAGCUACAGGUGCCCCAGCAGCCUAGCUAUCCACCCCAGCAGCCUAGCUAUCCGCCCCAGCAGCCUAGCUAUCCGCCCCAGCAGCCGCAGGUGCCCCAGCAGCCUAGCUAUCCGCCCCAGCAGCCGCAGGUGCCGCAGCAGCCUAGCUAUCCGCCCCAGCAGCCGCAGGUGCCGCAGCAGCCUAGCUAUCCACCCAAGCAGCCAGAGCCACAGGUGCCGCAGCAGCCUAGCUAUCCACCCAAGCAGCCGCAGGCACCCCAGCAGCCUAGCUAUCCACCCAAGCAGCUGCAGCAGCCCCAAAGGACUUUCUACUUUCCCAAGCAGCGGCCUAGCUACCCACCCAAGCAGCAGCAGCCGCAGCAGCCCCAAAGGACUUUCUACUUUCCCAAGCAGCGGCCUAGCUACCCACCCAAGCAGCCGCAGGCACCCCAGCAGCCUAGCUACCCACCCAAGCAGCAGCCUCAGCGGCCUAGCUACCCACCCAAACAGCAGCCUCAGCCGCAGUUGCCCCAGCAGCCAAGUUAUCUGCCCAAACAACGCCAGUCCCAGUGGCCAAAGCAGCCCAGCUACAUGCACAAAUGGCCCAAGCUGCCUCAAAGGCCUUUCUACUUUCCCAAGAUGCCCCAGAAGCCACACUACCAGCCCAAGCAGCCACAGGUGCUCCUGCAGCCACGCUACAUGCCCAAGCAGCCUAAGGUUUCACAGCAGCCACGCUACAAUUAUCCAACAUUUGCCCAAGGAGUGGCUCCUCAAAUGGCUUCCAAUGGGCAUCGCAACACUGGAGGUUCUUCAAAGACUGCUUUCAACUGAGCCAUUGUCACUUGUCAAUUAAAACUGACCUUGUGUCCUUCAAUCUCCA